ACUCGUAUGAUGUUCGACUCAAUUCAUCUUUCCCAGCAGCGCAAAUUUUCAGAGCGCGCACAGCUAAUCAUAGAAUAAUCGGUGUCGACUGCGCACGCUCAACAAUUCAUUUCUGGGCACUCUAGAAAACACCAACCACCGGAAUGAGUGAACGAUUUGCCUACACUCCCAUCAUUUUAUGUCCAUUAUUUUAUUGCUUUGAGUAGAAUGAUUCUGCUUUUCUCCGCUGCAGCUUUUGCUUUGGAUGGCAUUCUAUCUCAAGAAAGGACGAGCCCCUCUUCUCUCACAGAAGCAUAGCAUUUCUCUGCAAGAGAGAGACAUACAAGCCCUAUGCAGGUGAGCAUUAGGCGAGCUAACUAUAGAAUGUCGCUUUGCAUUUAUUUAUUUAGUGUCUAGUGUUACUUGGAAAGUUAGUAUUUUUGUUGUUGUUGCAUUGAGCAAAUCGGACACACAAAGAAUACGAAGAAAAACGCAGCAAGAGUCGAGAAUCAUAAGAGGACCUCUCGCGCAAGCCUCAACAUCUCACCGAGUCUCACCCUCAUACCUCAGGAAAAAUGUCAUCUCAAACUAGAGUCAAGAAGGACAAGGAGAUCAUAGGAGAAUAUGAAACGCAAGUCAAAGAGAUCCGUAACCAGCUGGUGGAGCAGUUCAAAUGCCUGGAGCAGCAGUCCGAGUCUCGUAUCCAGCUGCUGCAGGACCUGCAGGACUUCUUCCGCCGCAAGGCUGAGAUCCAGCUGGAGUACUCCCGCAGCCUGGAGAAACUAGCCGAGCGAUUCUCCAACAAGAUCCGCAGCUCCAGAGAACACCACCAGUUCAAGAAGGACCAGCACCUGCUGUCCAGUGUGAACUGCUGGUACCUGGUACUGAACCAGACCAGGAGAGAGAGCAGGGACCACGCCACCCUCAAUGACAUCUAUACCAACAACGUUAUCGUCCGCCUCGCCCAGAUCAGCGAGGACGUAAUCCGCCUCUUCAAGAAGAGUAAGGACAUUGGGAUUCAGAUGCAUGAGGAGCUGGUGAAAGUGACAAACGAACUCUACACUGUGAUGAAGACCUACCACAUGUACCACACAGAGAGCAUCAGCGCUGAGAGCAAGCUGAAGGACGCUGAGAAGCAGGAGGAGAAGCAGUUCAGUAAGUCUGCUGACCUCAACGUCCACCUGCUGCGCCACGAGGACCGGCCCCAGAGACGCAGCUCCGUCAGGAAGAUCGAGAAGAUGAAGGAGAAGAGGCAAGCCAAGUACUCUGAAAACAAGCUGAAGUGCACUAAAGCCCGCAACGACUAUUUGUUGAACCUGGCAGCAACGAAUGCCGUUGUGGCGAAAUACUACAUCCACGAUGUCUCUGAUAUGAUUGAUUGCUGCGACCUGGGCUACCAUGCCAGCCUGGCACGUACCUUCAGGACCUACCUGUCAGCUGAGUACAACCUGGAGACUAGUCGCCACGAGGGCCUGGACAUCAUGGAGAACGCCGUGGACAACCUGGACUCCCGCAGUGACAAGCACAAGAUCAUGGACAUGCACAACCAGGUGUUCUGCCCUCCCAUGCGCUUCGAGUACCUGCCCCACAUGGGGGACGAGGUGUGUCAGGUGAGUGCCCAGCAGCCUGUGCAGACUGAGCUUCUGAUGCGCUACCACCAGCUGCAGUCCCGCCUGGCCACGCUCAAGAUCGAGAACGAGGAGGUGAGGAAGACACUGGACGCCACCAUGCAGACCAUGCAGGACAUGCUGACUGUGGAGGACUUUGAUGUGUCCGAUGCUUUCCAACAUAGCCGCUCCAAUGAGUCCAUGAAGUCUGUUGCCUCUGAGACCUACAUGAGCAAACUGAACGUGGCCAAGAGACGGGCCAACCAGCAGGAGACAGAGGUCUUCUACUUCACUAAAUUUAAGGAGUUCCUGAACGGCAGCAACCUCAUCAUUAAACUGCAGGCCAAGCAUGACCUCCUGAAGCAGACACUAGGAGAAGGAGAAAGGGCUGAAUGUGGGACUACGAGGCCCCCCACUCUACCCCCUAAACCACAGAAAAUGCGGAAGCCUAGGCCGCGCUCCAUCUAUAACCAUAAACUGUUUAACGGCAAUAUGGAGACAUUCAUCAAGGAUUCAGGUCAACCUAUUCCUCUUGUGGUUGAGAGCUGUAUUCGACACAUCAAUUUGUAUGGGCUCCAGCAGCAGGGCAUAUUCCGUGUGCCUGGAUCCCAGGUGGAGGUUAAUGAUAUUAAAAACUCAUUUGAGAGAGGCGAAGACCCAUUGAUUGAAGACCAGAAUGAACAUGACAUCAACUCAGUGGCAGGGGUCCUCAAGCUGUACUUCAGGGGCCUGGAGAACCCUCUGUUCCCCAAGGAACGCUUCCUGGAUCUCAUGUCUACUAUAAAGCUGGAGUCUGGAGCUGAGAGAGCGCAUCACGUCCAGCAGAUUGUUGUGACUCUUCCUCGCACCGUCAUCAUCGUCAUGAGAUACCUGUUCGCUUUCCUCAAUCAUCUGUCCCAGUACAGUGAUGAGAACAUGAUGGAUCCCUAUAACCUGGCCAUCUGCUUCGGCCCCACCCUGAUGCCCAUCCCCGACGGACAGGACCCUGUAGCCAUCCAGGCGCAUGUCAAUGAGGUCAUCAAGACCAUCAUCAUCCACAACGAGGUCAUCUUUCCCAGCCACCGUGAGCUGGACGGGCCAGUCUAUGAGAAGUGCAUGACUGGAGGAGAGGAGUACUGUGACAGCCCCCACAGUGAGCCAGGCACAAUCGAUGAGGCUGACAACGGGACUGAGCCACACACCAGUGAUGACGAGGUGGAGCAGAUUGAGGCCAUCGCUAAGUUUGACUAUGUGGGGCGCACCCCCCGGGAGCUAUCCUUUAAGAAGGGAGCGUCACUACUCCUGUAUCACCGCGCCUCCGAGGACUGGUGGGAGGGGCGACACAACGGUGUGGACGGACUGAUCCCACACCAGUACAUUGUGGUGCAGGACCUGGAUGAUGCGUUCUCAGAUAAUCUCAGUCAGAAGGCGGACAGCGAGGCGAGCAGCGGACCACUGCUGGAUGACAAGGCCUCAUCCAAAAACGAUGUCCCAUCACCGUGUGAACACUCCCCCGACUGCAACUUUGGAGGAGUCAUGGGGAGGGUGAGGCUACGUUCUGACGGGGCCGCCAUCCCUCAGCGCCGCAGCGGAGAGACCCACAGCCCUCCCCGGGGCACAGACACACCCCCGCGGGCCGCAGCCUGUCCCAGUAGCCCCCACAAGAUGGCAGUGAGCAGGAGUCGCAUGGAGAGCCCGGAGAAGAGGCGCCUGGGCACAUUUGGCAGUGCGGGCAGCAUCAACUAUGCUGACAGGAAGGUCUACCCCGAGGGCCACCCCCUGAGACACGUACCAGGGGCCACACGCCACAGCAGCCUGGGGGACCACAAGUCACUGGAGGCUGAUGCCCUGGCAGAGGACAUAGAGAAGACCAUGACCACGGCCCUACAUGAGCUGCGUGAGCUGGAGCGCCAAAACAUGGGCAAGCAAGCACCAGACGUGGUGCUGGAUACCCUGGACACCACCAUGAAGAAGCCUGUGAACUCGGAGCCCGGCAGCCCCCUCCACACCAUCAUGAUCCGCGACCCGGACGCCGCCAUGCGCCGCAGCAGCAGCUCCACCUCUGAAAUGAUGUCCACCUUUAAGCCUGCCUUGUCGGCACGUCUGGCCGGAGCCCAACUGCGCCCCCCGCCUAUGAGGCCCGUCCGCCCGCCCCACACCGGGCACCGCUCCUCCAGCUCCAGUUCCUCCGGGGUAGGAAGCCCUGCUGUCACCCCCACUGAGAAGAUCUUCCCCAACAGCACUGCCGCGGCUAGCUCCGCAGCUAACGCAGCCGGGGACAAGUCAGGCACCAUGUAACUCUGAGGGAGACUCAGGGUUUUCAUGUUGCAACAGCUUGAAGGAGAGGAAAGCCCAUAGAAAUGCGAUGAUGUGUUGUCAAUAUGUUCUCAGAGAACAUGUGUGGAUUUUCCCUCUCCUUGUUUUGAGUUUCACUUUAUUUCUUGAAUUCAGAAAGCUCCUGGAGUGAGCCUGAGUUGCCAUAGUGAUGGCAGGUGGAGAGGCUGUAGGGGUUUUAUAGCAUAUUAACUCAACACUCUGAAGCUUGAUGUGAAAACGGACUUGAAAAUAAUGAAUAAAAUCACCUCAAAGUAAAAGCAAUUUUUUCGUUUUUACCUCAAAAUUAUGUCUGUGGCCAGGCCCCGCUUUUUAGAGAUUCAUUGACUGCAAGACGUGAAGAAGUACUUGUGUAAUUAUGGCAUUGGUUUUCAUCCUGCACUGGUCCAGAUGAUGUCUGAUCCCUCCUUACUGGUGUGUAUGAGACUCUCUGGACUGGACACUCAGUCUACCAGACUGCUUCUAAGAGACUGAAACCAAGAUGGCCAUCUGCCUUUUGGCUGUAAAUAGAGACUUACUUGAAGUUGUUAUGCCUUUUGUUUGUACUGUAGUAUAAGGGAUGUUCAGAAAAGUAACAACAUGUUAACAUUGUAUACGUAUAUGAGAUGCAGAAAACUGAACCAAUAUACCAACUAAUUGUAAGAAACUCAAAAUGUAGUUUAACUUGUAUAUAGUUAUUGAUUAGUAUGUAUUUUUUGUGUGUGUUAAUCUUGUACAGGCCAAGACGGAACAGGCAAGUAGAUGUGAAUGGCAUUGUCAAAAAACAAACACAAAUAGUCAACCAGCAAACAACGAAAAAAGAUCAAAAGGUUUCUGCUUCCUUUGUUAUUUUUUUCCCUUUCUCACACACAUCACAGCACUGACAGCUGUGUUUAGAGUAUGUGGACAUGUGGAUGUCAUCAUACCACACAUUGUAUUUAUGAGUUAAAACUACAUUUGCGCUUCUCUACUCAAAUGGAUCCCGAUUCUGUCUUCUGCCCACAGCAGUUCUGCAUGCACUGUAAAUAAGGCCAAGUCAGUCUCCAGUUGAGUUGAGUCUGCUUUUAUUCCAUUUGUAUUGUGGAAAUGCUUUAUCAUUCCUCAUAUACAUACUUCCAAGAUAUUAUUCAGAUUUAAGACAGUAAAAUGAGUGUAUUAUACCAUAGUUUGCCAUGGUAAGGUUUGAGCCCCCUUUUAUGAGUUUGUAAUACUGUGAGAAUACUGUUGACCAUGGCCCUUUACCUUUUAUGAGUUUGUAAUACUGUGAGAAUACUGUUGACCAUGGCCCUUUACCUUUUAUGAGUUUGUAAUACUGUGAGAAUACUGUUGACCAUGGCCCUUUACCCCACAGCCCCUCACUGUUCCAACAGCUCAACACAAGAGCCUGUCUUCUGCUGACACAGUAACCUGUGUGAAGUCAGUCCACAACUAGACAAUUUGUGUUCCCGAUUUCAUACUAUACACACUUUGCCAUCUUUAAAGCAACCUCUUGCCUGUUCGAGUCUGAUUUAUGUAAUACUUUCUACGCACAAAAUAUGUUACAAAGUACUGUUACAAAAUUCCUUUUGAUCUGAAAUGUGAUACCUUACCUAGACAACUCCAGUGUUGCCUGAGAAGUUAACCGUAAAUGAUAUAAUAACAGCAGAACAGUGGUCUUACCUCUCCUCCCCUUGGUUCUAACAUCCUCACUGUCAUGUUCCAGUGUCUCAUCCCACUUCUUGUUUUCAGUCCUUUGUAGCGAAAUAUAAGUGCGUACUGAAAGAGGUUGACACUGUAGGCCUAUACUGUAGCUGCCAUGUUAAAUUGUAGCUGGCCCAAGCCCGCACCUGCCUCUGCUCAGUCCUGUAGUUGUGUGUUUGGACUGCCUGAAAUAGCGCAUGCCCUGCCCUGUCCUGCAUGUUUUAUGCUGUACCAUUUGACACAAACAAUGUGACAAUUGAACAAUGACUGUUUGCGGUGCCUUUCCUCUGUAAAACGCACAAGUGACUUAAUGUUUCGGCCUUUUGCUUUCGAGGGUUGGGCUAUACCCUAGUAGUUAACCAUUUUGGAAUAUGUGAAUACAUGUUGUCACUAACAUGUAGUAAGUAGUAACAUGUGGGCAAUGGAAGUGAAUUGGCAGCCAAGGUGGGACAAAAAGUCAAGGACAGAUUUAUCAACCUGAAUCUCAUGCUGUGAUUCCAAUAUCAAUCAUAUGUACAUUAUUCAGCCACUGUUAUGUGUGCAAAUCUUGAUUUCAUACACAUAGUUUCCUAUGAGAUACAUACAUACUUUCACUGGAAAAAGUUGUCAUGAUCUCAUCCCAGUGAUUUGUUUGCCAUGUGCGUUUUGUUUACCACAAACAUUGCAGUCAAUUCUGUCCACCUCCAUCUGUUGACCCCUGCUGGGUAGAUUCUAGCCUACAUGCAGGGCACACAGAGACAUACAACAUAAGUUAUACACUUACACCCUCUGCUGGUCAUAUAUGGUAUUGCUUUAACUAGAAGUACUGUGGUUCUGGUCAGGUAUGAGUAAACAGAUGGCACUCUCCAUCAAUAGGAACUGUCACUGAUGACAACCAAAUCAUGCUUUUUUUUCAUCCCGUUGAACUACAAGAAUUACAUAUCAUUUUUGUAUUAACCACAGUUCUCAUCUGUAUAACUGAAGAGUCCAUUCAAGUUCAUUUUUCUCAAACAUACAUAAGCUGUAUUUUCAAAGAUAAAGUAAAACACAUACUAAAUGUUGAUUUGCAAAAGUAAAAUGUAUAUAUUUGUUUAUUAGUAUUUUGUUUAUUUAUGAGUAACUGCCUUUUGUGCACAUCAUCAGUUUUGAAUGAACUUGUAUAAUUACCUUUUUUAACGAUAUAGUAAUUCAGUCAUGUUUGAUAUUCACUUUUAUCAUAUUUUCCCCUUUCCACACAUCAUUUCAUCUGAGGAAUAUCAAGAAAACAAGUGAUGUAAAUAUGUACUGUACACAUUGCUAUAGAGGAAUUACUAUGACCCCUUCAGAUGUCAUACUACCAGAACGACUGAAAUGUAGUAUUUACUUGUAUGAUUUAUUGUCUAAUAUGCUCUAGUUGAUUCCUGGAGGGGUAAGAGAUUUAUAAAGAAGACUUGGACUGCUGUACAUUUACUCAUUGAUGGCAUCGUUCAGUGAAAUCAUCUCUGAUUGAUCAUUUCAUCCUUUCUUUCUGUUUUCUGUCUGUGCUGUGGUUGAACCUUUGCUUCUUCUACUCAUAUACUCAUCCUCCUCCUGCAAAGUGAACACACCAUUGCAGUGUUACUCCUCUACUUGCAUGGUUUAUAAGGCACAUGGUGAACUCUCUUCUUCUUUGAGCUGUAUAUGAUGUUCUGUUCAAGGAAGUGUUUUGAUUUCUGGAAGGUAUGCUAAACCUGGGUAAUGGAUGUUGUAUGUUGGCUAAUAACAAUGCUUAUGAAGUAACAUUCAGAGACCAAACUGGCUGAGUGGCUGUGGUGGGGAGUGUGCUCUCUCUCUCUCUCUCUCUCUCUCUCUCUCUCUCUCUCUCUCUCUCUCUCUCUCUCUCUCUCUCUCUCUCUCUCUCUCUCUCUCUCUCUUGUCUCUCUCUCUCUCUUGUCUCUCUCUCUCUCUUGUCUCUCUCUCUCUCUCUCUCUCUCUUGUCUCUCUCUCUCUCUUGUCUCUCUCUCUCUCUCUCUCUCUCUCUCUCUCUCUCUCUCUCUCUCUCUCUCUCUCUCUCUCUCUCUCUCUCUCUCUCUCUCUCUCUCUCUCUCUCUCUCUCUCUCUCUCUCUCUCUCUCUCUCUCUCUCUCUCUCUCUCUCUCUCUCUCUCGUCUCUCUCUCUCAUGUCUCCCUGUUCAUGAGUGCUGACUGGUUAAAUCCCUUGUAAUGUAAUGUACACCAUGCCACUGUUUGGAUGUUGAGAACCGUUAUGUCCAAAUAAAAAAACGAAUGUUGCCCUCUGA